AUGGGCGGUCUCCGCAGCCUCUGGUGGCGAAGAGCGGCCGAGCACCACAACGCCCAGCAGACGCGCAUGUGGGCCGAGUACCAGUCGCGGGGCUAUGGGGAACAACAGACGACGGUCCGGCCGCGCCGGCGCCCGCGCACGGAGCCCCAGGACCCGGUGUUGUUCGGCGUGCUCAUGGCCCUUGCGAUCGGCGUCGCGUGUGUCCUGACGCUCGAGCCCACGACCUGCCCCUACGGCGCGAAACAGCUCCUCGCGGCGCGCGAGCCCUGGCAGACGGCGAAUAGUACGACGCCGCCGCGCUGGGCCGACCUCAACGCGACGAUCCAGAACGGCUUCACGCGCUGCGGGAAGUACGCGAACGACACGGAUUUAUUUGUGGACGAUUCCAAUGAAGGCGCGGGCACGACUUAUGGCUACGCCCGUGAAGACGUGGAGGCGUUGGUAGAGAGGGCCCAAGCCGUCGUGGAAAAGCGACAAUACGGCUCGCGCCCGAACGACGCGCACUUCCUCGAGGCGCUCGUGGGCCACGUGGCCAACGGGUCGUCGGUGCUGGUCGUCGGCAGCGCUGAGCCCUGGCACGAGGCCGUGUGCCUCGCUCUGGGCGCUUCAAGAGUGACGACCGUCGACUACGGUUCAAGAAAAUACGAGCACCCGCAACUGGACCAGGUCAAUGCGAGCUUCUGGAAUCAACUAGACGACGCGAAUCUAGGAUACGACGUCGUUGUCUCCGCUUCAUCGCUGGAUCAUGAUGGACUGGGCCGCUACGGCGACCCCAUCGCGCCGGACGGCGACCUCCUGACGAUGCGGUUAUUACUAAGAGCGCUCGCGCCAGGAGCUAAAGUUAUCCUGAGCGUGCCGGUGGGGCCCGACAGGAUUAUUUGGAACCUGAUGCGCAUAUAUGGAAAAGACCGCCUCGCGCGAUUGACAGACGGCUACGACGUCGUCGAAAAAGAAUAGGCUACGACUCCACGAAACUAGACGAAGCGCCCGAGAACGUGCUACGGACGUACGAGCCGGUGUUUGUAUUAAGCGUGCCUGACCAGAUUUGCCUGGAGGAUGCGUUCUGGUGCAACUUUCAAAAAAGGACGGUCUUCGGCCAAUCCGUCGUCACGGUGGUGACGGUGGUGGUGGUGGCGCUCAUGGUCCUGUCCGUCGCGCGGGAUUUGCGGGCGGGCAAGUACCUCGCGGCGGGGGCGACGCUCGUCAUGAGCGCCAUUGCUGCGGUCUAUGGGCCGGUCGCGCUCUUCUGUCUGCCCGUGCAUAUCUACAUCCACCGACCGGAGCGGCCGAAGGUCGUCGACUUCGGCCGCGCGCCGCGACUC